UUUCCUUUCAUCCUGCUUCAUUUUCUCGUGUCCUCAGCUAACUGAACAGUUGACUCCAACUCGAACCGAAUAAACAUCUAGCCUUGUCUCGAAAAGCACUCGUCGCUAUGGCGAACGUGCCCGGCAAGCCCGGCCUGGGGGCUCAAGGAGACCCUGCGCUGGACAAGCCAGCUUUGCUAACGGAUAUGUGUAAAAAUGUUGACUUGCCUCUUGCGGCUUUCAACUUGAAUCAUCUGUACUCUGUCCCUGUGGCCACCGUCCCUCGUCCCGGCUUCAACCAGACUGGCAAAGAGAUCGAAGUGCUUCUCAAUGCGUUUGCCAUUACCAAGUUCCCUAGCAGAAUCGUCUACCAGUACGAUGUGCACAUUGGCAAUGGCGUUGAAAAGAAUGCCGUGAUCCAGAAGGUUUGGAACUCGAAGAUUCGCAAGAACAAUCUGAAGAGUGUCAUCUUCGAUGGCAAUAAGUUGGCCUGGUCCAUGAACAAUUACGAAAAGGAAUUCAACGCCCUCGUUGAUUUGGAUGCUGAACAGGGUCGUCCUCCCAGCACCAAAACCAACAACACUUUCCGGAUCUUGGUUCGCAAGACCAAGCAGGUCAACUUGGCUGUGCUUACCGCUUGGCUCAAUGGCAAAAUUUCCAUGAACGAACCUGUUUUGGAGGCUUUGAAUUUCUUUGAUCAUGUCCUUCGCGAAUGGCCAAGCACGAAGUUUCUUGCCAUCAAGCGUUCCUUCUUCGAUGAGCAGGGUGACAACAAGGAUCUCGGAAACGGCGUUUUGGCCUUUAAGGGUGUCUACCAGGCGAUUCGGUCGGCUCUGCCUGGCCGACUUGUGGUUAACAUCGAUGUGUCGAAUACCUGCUUUUGGGCUCGCACUUCUUUCAUGGGUGCUGCCAUGGCCGUUUUGGACUGCCGUGACCUGCAACAUCUGAUUCACCUCACCAAGCCUAUUUCCGAUGGUCAUGGUGGACUUACUGAGUCGAACGGUUUUUACGAAGUCCACAAGCGCCUGCGCAAGCUACAGGUUCAACCCCAUUACCGUGGCUGCCCCGUUCUCGGCACCAACUUCAUUGUCAAGGGCCUGCUCAAUGCGAGCGCUCGCACUUACACCAUUGACAUCAAGGACCGUGCAACCGGUACCACCAAGACAAUGACCGUUGAGGCAUACUUCAAGUCGAAGUACAACGUGAUUUUGGAUUACUGGGAACUUCCUAUGGUUGAGAUGACCAAGAAGAAUGUCGUUUACCCGAUGGAAGUUUUGACUAUUCACGGCCUGCACAAGUAUCCCUGGAAGCUCAACGAAUGGCAAACGUCACACAUGAUCAAAUAUGCGGCUUCUCGUCCUGCUGAGCGGCUGCAAUCCGUUCAAAAGUCCAAGGCCAUGCUUGAUCACUCGAACGAUCCUGUUCUCCAGGCCUUUGGACUCCAGGUUGAUCAGAACAUGAUUCGUACCAAGGCUCGACUCCUCCCUAAUCCGGAGAUCCAGUUUGGCGGAGGCGCGAAGCUCAAUCCAGGUACCAAUGGUCGUUGGGAUCUCCGUGGCAAGAAAUUCUUGCAGCCCAACAAGCGGCCCUUGGAGUCUUGGGGUAUCGGUUACUUCCCCGGCAAGCGUAAUGCUAUCAAUCGCACCCAGGUUGAAACUUUCUGCGACGGUUUCAUGAAGGGUUAUGCUGGCCAUGGUGGCAAUGUUGCGAAGCGCCCUGUGAUUGUUGAGCUCAAGGAGGACAUUGGUGACGCGAUCAAGACCCUCUACAACGCGACUGGGGUCAAGUUCCAGAAGGACCCUCAGCUCCUGUUGAUCGUCGUGCCCGACAAGAACUCCUUUACUUAUCUUCGGAUUAAGAAGUCUUGCGACUGCCGCUGGGGUGUGCCUUCUCAGGUUCUUCAAUCUGCUCAUGUUUCCAAGGCGAACCCGCAGUACAUUUCCAACGUUCUCAUGAAGGUCAAUGCGAAGUUGGGAGGCACCACGGCUCGCGCUAUUCCCAAGGUUCCUGAAGCGGCUCUCCGACCUCAUUCCAUGAUCAUCGGUGCUGACGUCUCUCACCCGCACAUGGGAGUUUGGUCCCCUUCGAUGGCUGCCAUGACCGUCUGCAUGGAUACUUUCGGUGGUCGAUACUGGGGAGCCUGUGAGGCCAAUGGUGAUCGUGUCGAGAUCAUCAACCGUUCCAACAUCGAAGUCAUCCUACUCCCUCUCGUUCGUGAAUGGAUGUCCACCGUUGGACAGGGUCGUGCUCCAGACCACGUAUAUUACUUCCGGGAUGGUGUCUCCUCCGGCCAAUUUCAGCACGUUCUCGAAAAGGAGGUUCUCGACAUGCGUUCCAUUUUCAUGCAGCUCACUCAGGAUCAGUGGAAGGGCAAAUUUACUGUGGUUGUUGCCAACAAACGCCACCAUCUCCGAGCCUUUCCUAAGCCCGGUGACCGUAACUCGGCUGAUCGCAAUGGCAACCCUCUGCCCGGUACUUUGAUCUCCAGGGAUGUGACCAGCCCUCAUGACUGGGACUUUCUGCUCUAUUCGCACAUCGCCCUUCAGGGAACAUCUCGUCCUGUCCAUUACCAUGUCAUCCUCGACCAGAUCGGACACAAGGCUCAGGAGCUUGAAAAUAUGAUCUACGAUCAUUGCUAUCAGUACAUGCGGUCCACUACAUCGGUUUCUUUGUUCCCGGCUGUUUAUUACGCUCAUUUGGUUGCCACCCGUGCCCGUCACCACGAAGAUGUCCCUGCUAGUUCUGGACCUCAGAGUGGACCUGAGGUGAAGCUCACCAACCCGAAGCCGAAGAACCGACCCGUUGAUCCCCGUCUCCUUCCCAUGCACGGUACUUCGAACAGAUUGCCCUUUGGCAUGUGGUACAUCUAAACUGGCGUGCAAAGCCCCCGUUCGAACGCUGGCGUCCUGGCAGGUCCUACGCCUUUAGCGCGAGCCUCCGGUACAUUGCUUUCUAUUUUUUUUUUCAACGUGAACACGACUACAGACACUCGACGAAUUUCACGAUGCUGUGUUAUUCUCUUCUCGAGGGGGGAUUUUCGCUUCGUCUCAGGGUUGAGGGCCUGGUUGCAGUCCAGAUAAUGUUCUAGUUGGAGGAGCUAAAUCUGUCGGCACCGACCGGACUCUUGAGGAGAACUGGAUGGAGCUGAUGAUAUGGCAUCUCAGACAGGAGCCGUCGUACUUAAAGUAGUUAUCGGAUAGCAUUUUGGCCAAUAUUCCCUUAGGUAUUCGAAC